AUGGAUUAUCUUGAGCAGGAAAAUCGGGUACUUCGUGAAGAAAUGACAGCCAGGCAGACUAGGAUGGACGAGAUGGCUGAAUUAAUAAAAACAAUGGCGGAAGCUCAGACUCAAGCUCAAGCACAGAUUCAAGCACAAGCGCAAGCAUUGGCACAAGCGCAAACUCAAGCUCAGGCCAUAACAGAAGCGCAGGCCCGAUCACAAGCACCUCCACCUCCUCCUGUCAGAACGCAGGCCGAGGCAUCUUCUUCUUGGACACUAUGUGCUGACACUCCAACGCAGUCCGCUCCGCAACGUUCCACGCCUUGGUUUCCACCUUUCACUGCUGGGGAGAUAUUUCGUCCUAUCACUUGUGAAGCUCAGAUGCCCACUCACCAGUACACGGCUCAAGUACCCCUACCUGCCAUGAGGGUCACUCCAGCCACCAUGACCUACUCAGCACCUGUGAUACAUACAAUUCCGCAAACCGAAGAGCCUAUCUUUCAUUCAGGGAAUGCAGAGGCUUACGAGGAAGUAAGCGAUCUACGAGAAAAGUAUGACGAACUACGCCGAGACAUGAAAGCCCUCCGUGAAAAAGGGAAAUUUGGGAAGACUGCGUACGAUCUCUGUUUGGUACCGAGUGUGCAGGUGCCUCACAAAUUCAAGAUCCCAGAUUUCGAGAAAUACAAAGGAAGUUCUUGCCCUGAGGAACAUCUAAAAAUGUAUGUGAGAAGGAUGCCUGCGUAUGCCCAAGAUGAUCAGAUUCUUAUUUACUACUUCCAAGAAAGCUUGACCGGCCCUGCUUCAAAAUGGUACACAAACCUAGACAAAACAAGGGUUCAAACUUUCCGUGACCUUUGUGAAGCUUUUGUGGAACAGUACAGUUACAAUGUAGACAUGACUCCGGACCGAAGUGAUCUCCAAGCCAUGACUCAGGGAGAUAAAGAGACGUUCAAAGAGUACACCCAACGGUGGAGAGACACCGCUGCCCAAGUCAGCCCACGAAUUGAGGAGAAAGAGAUGACCAAGCUCUUCCUAAAAACUCUGAAUCAUUUUUAUUACAAAAAGAUGGUCGGGAGUACACCAAAGAGCUUCGCGGAGAUGGUUGGUAUGGGAGUACAGUUAGAAGAAGGAGUCCGAGAAGGACGCUUAGUAAAGAAUACAACUCCUGCCAGUGGGACCAAGAAGACCGGGAAUCAUUUCCCGAGGAAGAAAGAGCAAGAAGUCGGUAUGGUGACUCAUGGAAGGCCUCAACAAACUUAUCCAGCCUAUCAACACAUUGCCGCCAUCACACCCACCUCUCACCCUUUUCAACAAACAAAUAACCAUCCUCAAAUACCGCAAUAUCCUCAAAUACCGCAAUAUCCUCAAAUACCACAAUAUCCUCAAUUCCCACAAAAUCCUUCACCACAAAAUACUCAACAACCAUACCAACAAUUCCCAUACCAACAACACCCUCAACAAAAUUUCCAACAACAACCUUAUCAACAACGCCCACAACAACCGCGACCACCAAGAAUGCCGAUUAACCCAAUACCAGUCACCUAUGCAGAAUUACUUCCCGGCUUACUCAAGAAAAACCUUGUCCAAACUAGAACAGCUCCUCCUAUCCCAGAAAAACUACCAUCUUGGUAUAGACUCGACCAAACUUGUGACUUCCAUGAAGGGGGCCGUGGCCAUAACAUUGAAACUUGUUAUGCCUUUAAAAGCACAGUGCAGAGGUUGAUCAAUGAUGGAAAAAUAACUUUCACAGACUCGGCGCCAAAUGUUCAAACAAACCCAUUGCCGAAUCAUGGUGCCGCAACAGUCAACAUGAUCGAAGAUUGUCAAAAGACUCGUCCCAUUCAGAAUGUUCAACAUAUCAGAACACCCUUGGUUCCGUUCCAUGCCAAGUUAUGCAAAGUCGACCUUUUUGAGCAUGAUCAUGAUCUCUGUGAAAUAUGCCUUAUGAACUCCGGAGGAUGUCAGAAAGUAAGAAAUGAUAUUCAAGGGCUUCUAGACCGAGGAGAGCUUGUGGUCGAAAGGAAGUGUGAUGAUGUGUGUGUAAUAACUCCCGAAGGACCUUUGGAGGUAUUUUAUGACAGUCGAAAGGCAACUAUCACCCCUCUGGUGAUCUGCUUACCGGGUCCACUGCCAUAUGCUUCUGAAAAAGCCAUUCCAUACAAAUACAAUGCCACCAUGAUUGAAGAGGGUCGUGAGGUUCCAAUACCGCCUUUGUCUAGUGUGGAUAAUAUUGUUGAAGACAGUAGAGUUCUGAGAAAUGGGCGCGUUGUUCCCAUAGUGUUCCCAAAGAAGAUUGAUGCUACAAUAAACAAGGAGGUUCGGACUAAAGAUGCUGGUAUCGCCAAAGAAGUGGAUCAACCCAAUGGGGCUGGUACAAGUGCAGAGUUUGAUGAGAUUCUCAAGUUAAUAAAGAAGAGCGAGUACAAGGUUGUUGACCAACUGAUGCAGACUCCAUCCAAAAUAUCCAUAAUGUCUUUAUUACUAAAUUCUAAGGCCCAUAAAGAUGCAUUAAUGAAGGUCUUAGAACAAGCUUUUGUGGAUUAUGAUGUAACGGUGGGUCAGUUUGGCGGAAUAGUAGGGAACAUCACCGCAUGCAACAACUUGAGUUUCAGUGACGAAGAGCUCCCAGCAGAAGGAAGGAACCACAAUCGGGCGCUGCAUAUAUCUGUGAACUGUAAAACCGAUGCUUUGUCAAAUGUACUGGUGGAUACUGGAUCAUCUUUGAAUGUGUUGUCCAAAACAACUUAUACCCAACUCGCUUACCAAGGCGCACCUUUAAGACGAAGUGGGGUAAUGGUGAAAGCUUUUGAUGGCUCGAGGAAGGAUGUCCUUGGUGAGGUGGUUCUACCUAUCACAGUUGGGCCACAAGUUUUCCAAGUUAAUUUUCAAGUCAUGGACAUUCAAGCUUCGUAUAGUUGCUUACUAGGUCGACCCUGGAUUCACGAGGCAGGGGCUGUCACAUCCACGCUGCAUCAAAAGCUGAAGUUUGUGAAGAAUGGGAAACUAGUAACUGUAAACGGUGAAGAGGCUUUAUUGGUGAGUCAUUUGUCGUCUUUCUCUUUCAUUGGGGCAGACGAUGUCGAAGGGACACCUUUUCAAGGGUUUACUAUAGAAGAUAAGAAUACCAAGAGGAAUGAAGCCUCUAUCUCGUCUCUAAAAGAUGCUCAGAAGGUCAUACAAGCAGGAGGGUCCACAAGCUGGGGAAAGCUGAUAGAGCUUCCAGAAAACAAGCACCGAGAAGGUUUGGGUUUCUUCCCAUCUACUGGUUUGUCCACAGCAAAGAAGGGCACUUUCCACAGUUCGGGCUUUAUCCAUGCAAUCAUUGAAGAUGAUCCUGAAAGUGUGCCACGAGGUUUUAUAACGCCAGGAGUAUCCAGCCACAAUUGGGUUGCUAUAGAUGUUCCUUUUGUUGCUCACUUGUCCAAGUAA